GCUAGAUGUCGCUACAGUUAGCUCCUCGAUGAGACCAAAACAACACUUUUCAAGAGUAUGUGCAACGCGUUCGCAACAAAUUAAAUAUUACUCCUUUGAAACUCCCCUAAAGUAUUCAUUUGAAUUAUUGUUGCGGCUACUGCCAAUACUUAUCACUUAUAGAACCGUAUUGCGUCGAGAUACGUCAGACAUGUCAAUUUAGGCAUGAACCAGAGAAUGUUAUAUGCACAUACUAACCUAUGAAAACACCAGCAAGCAACAAAAGUGAUUCGUCAUACGUCUAGUUCAGAUUAAAAUAGAAUUCAGAAUUUAAAAAGUUGUAAUGGCAAGUUACUUUGAAGAAAUGGGUUGGGAGCCACUACAGGAAGGACAAGCACCAAAUCAUUUUUUGCACCUAGCAAGACUCAUGCAAGAUAUGAAUAUGUUUGAAGAACUUGGGAUUGAUAAGAAUCUUCCACCACCAGCAUCUGCAGCUGCAAUUGCAAGUUUACCUGAUGUUACGAUACAAAAGUCUAGUGUUCAAUGUCCCAUUUGUCUUAAGGAGUUUGAUACUGGGUUACAAGUGAAGGAAAUGCCUUGUAAACACAUCUUUCAUUCAGAGUGCAUCUUGCCAUGGUUAAGUAAGACAAAUUCAUGUCCACUGUGCAGAUAUGAACUACCUACUGAUAAUGAAACAUAUGAACUUUAUAAAGCAGAACAGAUUAGAGCAAAAGAACGUGAGAAAGAUCUUGAAAAUUUACAUAAUUCCAUGUUUUCUUAAUAAAUUAUGUAUGUAAAAUAAUGGUCGACCCUAACUACUUGUCAUUAUGAUUAAAAAUUAGUUAUUAUUAUUUAUAACUCUAUAUUGUGGGUGAUUGGUAACUAGAUAAGUGAAGGAUAAAGCAGAAUAAAUCAAAUGAAAUACUUACUUGAAAAUUUAGAAAUAAGUGUAAUAGGGAUAAUAAAUUCAGAUGUACUGACAAAA